AUGCUGGCAUGGAGACGCUCCUCUCCCCCUGCCCUAUCCCCCCCUUUUCAACCAGCACCCCUCUCUGCUCCCCCGACCCCCCGACUUCCCCCCCCCACUUCCUCUCCCCCGAUUCCCCUCCUCCCCCCCCCCUACCCUCAAUCUCGCCUUCCCCCCCCUCACUCUUUUCAACCCCCUCUUCACUUUCUUCACCCCCCACCCACUCAGGAACCCAUCUGCAACCGCCCCCUGUGCUAUAACCGGGCUGCCCGAUCCCCACCGAGGCUCCCCCCCUCUGCCAACAGCCCUCUUCCCCCGGCCUCUCCCUCAUUGCUCUCGAGCAGGCCGAUCCACCCCCCUCUGGCUCCUUCUCCCCCCCCCGCCUGGGCCCCCGAACACCCCUGCCCCUCCCCCGCACCUCCCACCCCUCUCUGCACCUCCCUCCACCCGCAGCCAACCAGACCUCAUGGCAACUCUUUGGGCAAUCAUGCCGCGCCGACCGCCUUCGGCAACGACCCCGGCCUCCUCUACAUUGGGCUGGGCGAUUGGGUCGAAUAUUGGACCUGCGCUCUCUGCGACUUCACCUGCGGCGCUGCCCUCGACAGCGCCAUGGAGCAUAUCCAGUCCGACCUGCACGUCAACCGCGUGAAGGCCUCCGCUCACCGCCCGGCUGCCAAGGAAGAAUUUGGCCCCUGGCGCGCACUCACCCUGCUGCAGCAGAAGGCCCCGGUGGCUGCCUUCCUUCGCGGUCGCCCUUAG